CUGCUGCAAACAUCAUGUCAGUCGACAAAGUCGCUGCGGCAAGAACACCGGGCGCCAGAUCGCGCGCGGCUUGAGAUGGUCUAUUUUCGUUCCGAACUUACUUUGCGCGCAGCUGGCUGUGAGUGGAAACGGGAGAUAGAGUGAGGGUUUGGGAGCGACUUCAGAAUGGUCGCUCGAGUGCGAGGGCAGCGAGGGCAAAUACACCGGCUGGGAUGUACGAAUGAAUCACCAGCCUGGCGAAAAGACCAAGCAGAUGCCAAAAGAAGGUCGGUUGUCGUGCUCAAAGCCGAUGGUGAAGAGAUUGGCGGCUCGGAGCAGGAUAGAGAGGAGAUUUGCUGGCUUUAAAGCACACUUGAGUAGGUGUGUGCGAGCGAUCGCGGAAGACUGGGAAGGCCAGGAAGAUGGGAAGAAAGAAAGUGCGUGUGAAACGAGGAAGUGUGGUGGCGGGCGUUGGGAAGGGUUUUUUGAGUUUAGAUGUGGGAAAGCCAAUGAAGUCAAGAAGAGGAUGCGGAAGCAGAAGAUGGGAAAGAAUGGGAGAAGAACGGGUGCUGGGAGUUGAGAAGAGUUUUGAAUCUGGAUGUGCCAGGACCGAUGAAGAAGUCAGGCACGAGAAGAGGAAGCGGAAGAGGAAGCAGAAGCAGACGAUGGGAAGAGAGGAAGAAGAGCAUGCGGUGGGGGUUGAAAAGGGUUCUCGACCUGGAUGUGGGAAAACCGAAGAAGAAUUCAGGCACGAGAAGAGGAGGCGGAAGUGGGAAAGGAAGUGGAAGCAGAAAGAGGAAGAGGAAGAGGAAGCAGAGCGGGCGGCAGCACAUGCACAUGAGCGCGGGAAGGGAAACGGUGAACUUCCAGACAUGGGACGGAAUGAUUUUGUUUACUUGCUGCAACCCCCCUGGGAAAGGCCCAGCAGCGAGCACAUGCAAACCAGAGCACCCAACUCUUGCACUUGCACACACCUAGCAUAAGGUGCAAGAAGAACGACAGGCGGAUCGCACUGCAACACGUCAUCGCCAGCAUCACGAGAGAU